AUGGCUCGUGAAUGGGGUAUUGUUUCGACAGCUCUCGAGGAAGGGAGACGUGAACUUGUAAUUUCUGGGAAGGAAAUUUCAGAAAUGGUCGAAACGGUGGGGCUUGACCAAAGGAUUUAUGAUCUAAAGAAGCUCAAUUUUCUGGAAAUUUCACAUACUUGUUUAGAAUUUCUGUCCGAUGAUAUAUCGAAGCUUUCAAAUCUUGCGCAACUAUGCCUUACAUCAAACAUGCUAAAAGCUGUCCCAUCUAGUCUUGGAUCUCUCCAUUGUUUACGAUCUUUGGACUUAUCCUUUAACAACAUUUCAAUGAUCCCUGACAUUUUCAACCAUUUGCCUAAUCUAUCUAGUCUUAUUUUAUCUGGCAAUAAAAUACAAAAUAUACCAUCUAUUCAAGGGUUAAAAUCACUACAUGAAUUCUCAGCUUCUAAGAAUCAAUUGACUUUACUUCCUGAAGGAAUCGAGUUGCUAACUAAUCUGGCAGUCUUGGAUGUUUCAUAUAAUAACAUUUCUAAUUUACCGAAGGAUUUGUUUAAUUUAUCAAGUCUCAAGAGUGCGAACUUUUCAGAAAACUCUUUAACUGAUUUUCCGGCCAAUAUUCAUCGUUGUCGCAAACUAAAUGUUUUAAAGAUUCAUGGAAACCCUUUUAAAGAUAAUCGGUUGAAAAGGCUUUCUGUCGAUGAACAUUCACCAACUGCGCUUUUAGCUUAUCUUCGUCGUUUGGACGAAACAGGAAGCAAAAAAGGAAAGAAAGUUAAUGACAAAAAUUCGUCACUGAAAAUUUCAACCGAACCUGAAGAAAUGAAUAAUUCCACCACUCGACUACCGGAAGUUACGGGAAUUUCAAUACCGCAUAUUGUCAUUCAGCGCCCAAGUGACGAUGAAGAAUAUCAAAUUAAUCAGACUCACUCAGUGAAAACUGGCCCACGCCCUUACAUCGUUGCCUGUACGGUUCAUGGUGUAGAAUUUCCUUCUGAAACUAAACUGAAAGCUUUUCUACGAGCUCAAGAAAAUUGGCAUCGUGAUAUUGGCCAAAUGCGUCAUCAUGCAACUUUAGCUACUCAUGAUUUACAACUAAUCCGUUUUCCACUUGUUUACACUUUAAAGGAAGCAAAAUCAUUUCUGAUUCAUCCGUUAAAUAGAUCUGUUAAUGGUACUGGUGAAACAUUUUUAAGACAAUUAGUUCAAGAAGCACAGUUAGAUAGAAAAUCUCGUAAACAAACAAAAUUUAGUCAAGUUUAUCGUUAUUUGAAUGUAUUGGAUAUUGAAAGUGCAAUAGCUUCAAAUGUAUUCAGUGAUGUGUUGGUUCCUAUUGUUGUGGAUAGUACACCAGUGGUUAUCUCAGUCCCUCCACUUACCAAUAGUCAUCACACACGUUUAACUGUAGACACACAUAAUAUACUGAUUGAAGUUUCUGGAAUCAAUUUACCUUUAUGCAAACAAUUUGCUGAAGUAGUCAUCGCUUGGUUAUUAGAAAAUGCUUGUCCACAAUCAAAGGCAAAUAAAUCCAGUGACAAACCAAAUACCGGGGAAGUUAAUACAACAGAACAAUCACAGCUUGUUGAUGAAGUGGAUAAAAGGUUAACACUGAAGUCGAUUGUCGUUCCACCUAACUCUCUUGUGGUACGCCCAAUCCGUGUUGUCGAUGUUGAUUUCGAUUACAAUCUAUGUGUCAUGUUUCCAUCACGAUCGGAUUUAACUGAUGCAAAGUUUAAUACCAUUCGUUAGAUAUAUUAUUUUUAUUACUCAUAUGUUAUCAGAAACGAAUUUAUAUCUAUACAGAUACUUAACAGAGUGGAAUAAUUAUUUUUAACUUUUAUUCAUUAUUGAUAAUAAGUUUUCUCGUUUAAAG